AUGUAUGCCGUGGCAAUACUAUAUACACAGGAGAGAAGAUUAGUCGUCGCCUCGGUCUACAUGCCGGAGGAAGACACUCUUCUCCCUCAUGACCUCGUGAGGCUGGUGAACUUCUGCGAGAAGACCGGACUAGACGUUGUGAUCGGGACGGACUCCAACGCGCAUUAUCAGAGGGUCUGGGGAAUGGAAAGACCGAAUGAACGAGUUCCAAGAUCUUCUCGUCAGUGCUCAGGAUGCGUGCGUUAUUAG